GAUAGAACCCAACAGCAUCUGACUUGAUUUCUUUAGUCGAAAAGACAUCGACGAGUCUGCACAGAUGGAGUCGUUCGAUACGUACCAGACGCCCCUCUCCAGCCGCUACGCGAGCAAAGAGAUGGCGCACUUAUUCUCUGCGGAGAACCGCUUCCACACAUGGAGAAAACUCUGGCUGAGCCUCGCGCGCGCCGAAAAGCAGCUCGGGCUCCCGAUCCCGGACGCCGCCAUCACAGAGAUGGAGGCGAACCUCCACCUCGACGCGGCGCAGUUCGCGAUCGCCGCGGCGGAGGAGAAGAAGCGUCGACACGACGUGAUGGCGCACGUGCACACCUUUGGGCAGGUCGCGCCGUCCGCGGCCGGGAUCAUCCACCUCGGCGCGACCUCGUGCUACGUCACCGACAACGCGGACCUGAUCUUCCUGCGCGCGGCGCUGACGAUGGUGCACGCGAAGCUGGCGGUCGUGAUCGAGCGCGUGGCGGCGUUCGCGCGGGAAUACCGUGCGCUGCCGACGCUCGGCUUCACGCACUUCCAGCCGGCGCAGCUGACGACGGUGGGCAAGCGCGCGACGCUGUGGCUGCAGGAGCUGUUGUGGGACCUGCGCAACGUGCGGCGCGCGCGCGACGACCUCGGGUUCCGCGGUGUGAAGGGCACGACGGGGACGCAGGCAAGCUUCCUCGCGCUGUUUGAUGGGGACCACGAUAAGGUGGAGGAGCUGGAUAGGCUGGUGACGGAGAUGUCGGGGUUCGCGUACGCGUACCCGGUGACGUCGCAGACGUACUCGCGGAAGAUCGACGUGGACGUGCUCGGGGCGCUGGCGUCGUUCGGGGCGACGGCGCACAAGAUGGCGACGGACCUGCGGCUGCUUGCGAAUCUCAAGGAAAUCGAGGAGCCGUUCGAGUCGACGCAGAUCGGGUCGUCGGCGAUGGCGUACAAGCGGAACCCGAUGCGGUCUGAGCGGAUCUGCAGCCUUGCGCGGCACCUGAUGGUGCUGCAGCAGGACGCGCUGAUGACUGCGAGCGUGCAGUGGUUCGAGCGGACGCUGGACGACAGCGCGAACCGGCGGAUCUCGCUGCCGGAGGCGUUCCUGACGGCGGACAUCGUGCUGACGACGCUGCAGAACGUGACGGAGGGGCUGGUGGUGUACCCCGGCGUGAUUGGGCGGCGGAUCGGGGAGGAGCUGCCGUUCAUGGCGACGGAGAACGUGAUCAUGGCGAUGGUCAAGCGGGGCGGGGACCGGCAGGAGGCGCACGAGCGCAUCAGGGUGCUGUCGCACGAGGCUGCGCGGCGGGUGAAGCAGGAGGGGCUGGACAACGACCUGAUUGAGCGCGUGCGGCGGGACGCGUACUUUGCGCCGAUCGCGGGGGAGCUGGAGGGGCUGCUGGACCCGGAGACGUUCGUGGGGCGCGCACCGGAGCAGGUGGACCGGUUCCUGGCAGAGUGGGUGGAGCCGGCGCUGGCGGACGCGGAGCUGGCGGGGGUGCUGGCCCAGGGGACGCGUGCGGAGCUGAGCGUGUAGUGCACAAUACUGCAGAUACUAGUAUUCGAGGUGAGAACUAAAUACAGGCGGCGGAGAUUGCGGCGGAGAUUGAAGGCGGCGGCGGGUGCUGGCUCGGGGGACGCGCGCGGACUGCAGAUAUUCGAGAUGAGAACCAAAUACAGGCGGCGGAGACGCGUGCGGAGCUGAGCGUGUAGUGCACAAUACUGCAGAUAUUCGAGAUGAGAACCAAAUACAGGCGGCGGAGAUUG